AUGAAGGUAGUGCUGUUUGAACUUCUGGUCGUCUGCCUGCUUGGAGUGAUGCACUCAGGAGCAAACACUCUACCUGAAGAGAUGGGCCUCAGCGAAGACGAGCAGAAUGUGGGGAAAAGAUAUGCUGAGUCGACCAUCGCCAGCGAAAUCAGCAAAAUCAUGGAUUCAAUGGCUCAGAAGAAUUUUGUUGAUUUCCUGCUCAACCAAAAGGACAAAAAAAGCAAGCCUCAUGCUGUGGAGGAAGAUCCAGAGGGACGUCAGUACAACCACCUGCUGAAGCUCAGUCUGCAGGAGAAGCAGAGGAGAAAGAUCUAGGGUCCAACAAGCAGCAGUGAUGCUGUGGACAAUCAUCAGAGGGCUGAUGACGAUGGCUCUUCUGAUUUCUGCCUUUUCACACAUUUAAAGCUCGG